UGUUAACAACGACGUCACACUGAUAGAUGCAUCUCUCCAUUAAUAAGUCACGACGUAGAGUCAUCUAAACACAAUGAUCUAACUAAGGUUCAAUUCUAUCAAAUAAUUACAAGUGCCAAAAAUGAACGUGGAAAACAAGUGUAUUCCUUACAGCUACAGUAUACGAAGAUUCUCGCGAUAAGCAUACCAAAAAGCUACACGAGUACAUCGCAAAAUAAUAACAAAUUGGCUGAUUAUUCAAGAUGAGUGCUAAAACAAUGAGUGCUAUCGCUGAGGAUUACUUUUACAGUAUCAAUCCACUGGCUAAGAGAAUUGGUGAAGAUAUUUCUGCUUCAAAAGAUUCCUUCGAGGAUCUUUGGAGUACAUGUAUUGAGGCAAGGAAUAAGGCUAUUGAUGAGGCUAUUAUUAAGCCAGAAGUGGCUUUAAAAUAUGCUUCCGACAGCUUAGAAUAUACCAAAGAUUAUCCAGAGUGUUAUCCAAAACUCAGGAUACAAACUGGCAUGAAGUAUAUGUACGAUGAGACUGGCCUGACUCUACGCUUUAAAGAUGAACACUCUGCUCCAUUCUCUUUCAUGACCCAAUCUCAGAUGAAUCUUGAUUGUCUGGGUCAAACUAGUGAUAUAAAUACCAAGGUAAUAAGCAGCUUCAUGUCUGAUGCAUCUCACUUCAAGAAUAAAUGUACUAUUAGAGAUGAAUCCUUAGAGGAUAACUACAGUCCACCAUCGAGCCAGACUAGUUUCUAUCAAACUGAAAAUUAUUCUGACACAAUAUUUUCAACUGAAGACCGUAGCAGUACUCUUCUUAGCAGUUGUGUAGAUAGUGAACCAUCUGAAGGUAUAUUUGCCAAAUUGAUUAACAAAACUUCAUUAUUAAAAAUUCAAAAUACUACGGAUGAUGACAUGGAGAAUUUAGUGCCACAAAAGAGGUUGUCAAUAAAUUCAAAAGUAGAUGAUGAUAAAAGUCAAAUGAAUAUUAGUUUUGGAACCCAUUUAAAAUCAGAGGAUAUUGAGUCAACUGCAUUACUUGAUACACCUAGUUCAUAUAGCAGUUAUCAAUCAUCACAGCUUAAUCAAGAAUCUGAAAUCCCAAAAACUGGUUUCGAGUUUCUAGAUAACUGGUAAUAUUCAUAUGAUUGGUACUUUUUACUUUUAUUAGACAUUUUACAAUGUCUCAAUAGCAUUUUUUUACAAUUAAUAUUUAUACUUACAUUAAGAAUGAAGUUGAUGUUGUUUGGGAAAAAGGUGCUUGUCUCGUGUGCCUUUCCAUCCUUGCUUUGCAUGGUCAUAAACCUCAUACAAGACAAAAAUCUACUUUUCCGCACUAGUUAGGUAAUGUACUAAUUUAUCGGGGGAGGUCGUAGGUUAACAUAAAAUACUUAUAGUUAACAACGCUUACCGACAUACCUUGAAUAUUACAUUAUUCCCAUUCAGUUUGAAUUUAUCGUAAAUAGCUCAGUCAUAUCCACCAUUUUUUAAGUUAAUCUGAGUGGAGCAUAAUUGAAAUGUUAACAAAAAAUUCAAAACUGAAAUAGAAUAAUGUAAUAUUCGGAGGUAAGUUAAGUUAUGUUCCUGUAAUUUGGCUACUACACCCCCUAUUCUAAUUAUCGAAUAGUGCAUUACGAUAUAAGUGUGAGAAAGGCCACACGAGACGAUAAACUGUUUCCUGAACAUGUAUCGUACAGUAUUUUUUAAUAAGUUUAAGUUCGUUCUUGAACUCACGUUUUUGGUCUAGCGUGCGGAAAGUACGUGUUUUCCGCAUGGAGUGUCGAAAUGGUACAUCAACUUUUAUGUAUGUACGUACAUGCACAUGUGUGAUUUUACCAAAUUGAGUAAUAUCUAAGAUUUAUUAUUACAUAAUUGAGAAUAGUAUUUAUUAAUUAUUGAGUCAUAAUUGAUAAAUAGUUUCAUAAGGUGCACAUUAUAUUAUACAUAUUGAGCAUUGAAUAUAGUGAAGAAAAUAUUAAAAAAUAAAAUCUAUUACUGAUAUAAUCUAUUAUAAUAUAAUAAGUAUGUAAUUAUGUAAUACGCAGUAAAGCUUAUAAAGCUUAGUUUAGAGUCUUUAUCAGCAUGUAUUAAAUAAUAAUUUACGAUGAAAACCUGACCAUCAUUGAUAAAAAGACUGCAAUAUAUCCUCAUUAGGCUAUUGACUAUUAAGACUGUAAUUACAUGACUUCCGCCACUUUUAUAUCAGAACUUUAUCAAAAUAGUACAAAAUGAUAUAAAACUUGUAAUCAUGUUAGUAGACUAUAUUAACAUAAAUUUUGGCAAUUAAAUUUUAACGAUCGAACAAAUUUUUUAAUGUUUUUUAUGACAAAACUUAACAUUUGUAAAAAUCUAUAUUUAUAUCUUUAUAUAUGAAAUAAAAUC